AUGGCUUCUACAUCAAUUGGACUGGACGAGUUGGCGUCAUCAUCAGAUGACCUUAUGGACGAACAGUCUCCUGUUUCGUUGCACGCUGCGGUUAGUGGAACAAACAUAUCUGAUAUAUCUGUCCAUCAUUCUGUAUCGGGAAUGGAUAUUGAGCAGGAACACGUAAUACCGGAUGAACACAGACUGGAUGUUGCUUUGUCAAAGAUGUGGAUACGUUUGAACGUUGGUGGAACGAUUUUCCAGACUACUCGACAGACUUUAUGUCGUGAAGAAAAUUCAUUUUUUGCUCGUCUGUGUAAAGAGGACGACGAAUUGCCCAGUCAGAAAGAUGAUACAGGUGCUAUAUUGAUUGAUCGUGAUCCGGAAUAUUUUGCACCUGUGUUAAAUUACUUACGUCACGGAAAACUUGUAGUAAACAAGAAUGUGAGCAUCGAAGGAGUUCUCGAAGAGGCAGAAUUUUAUAAUUUACCUCGGCUAAUUCAGUUAUGUACGGAACGAUUAGCAGAAUUUGGCCUAAAAAAGACGAAGCAGACUAAGCAUGUUUAUCGCGUUCUCCAGUGUCAUGAAGAGGAAUUGACAAAUGUUGUGUCAGCAAUGUCAGAUGGUUGGAAAUUAGUUCAGCUUAUUCCCAUCGGACAAUUCCAAUAUCAAAGCGAUAUACAAAGUGAAUUCCUCUGCGUCGUUUGUCGGGAAUUUCCUGACAACGAAAUCAAAAAUGGAGAGCACACAGAUCUCACUGAUCGCGUUAAAGCUUUGCAACAAAAGGCUCGCCGUAAACCACUAGUGUUGGAAGAGGACUCUGUUUCGAUUCAGGACAGCUUUUCCGCUCGUGCUGCAAUAGGAAUUUUUUCGUUUGAUCUUGUGCUUAUAAACACUCAUUAA